AAAACGCUCCGAAGAAAACAACCUUGAAGAUGAACUGAUAGCGAAUUGUUAAUUAUAGCAAGAUUUACCCACAUGAGCUCUUCAGCCUCAUUAGCCUCAUCGUCUUCGUCUUCGUCUUCAUCUUCAUAUGAUGAUGAUUCCCAGUAUUACUCCGCCAUCCCCAGUCCUAGUACCAGAGAAUUCAUCGCUCAUGAUGCCUUCAUCGUUUCCGGGGAGGACGUUCGUACGAAAUUAUCACCAUCAGCAGCACCAUCUUCUUCAUCCUCAUCUUCCCAGUGUUCCCCCCUCGCUCCCAGCCCCAGUACCAAAGAAAAUGCUCAUCGCCUGUCUGUUAACAGCUACAGAUCUGAAGAUGACAGCCGCUUGAUGAAAUCAUGGUCACCAUCAAUAGCUUCAUCAUCUACCUCUUCUCAGACUUCCUCAACCAACCCCAGCCCCUGCCCCAGUCACCAUGUUUUUAUCAGUUUUAGAGGCGAAGACACUCGCAACGGUUUUGUAAGCCAUCUCCGUGCGGCUUUUACAAGGCACGGUAUCAGAACCUACAUGGAUUGCGAUCUAGAGAGAGGGAAUGAGAUUUCUUCCACGCUUUUGGUAGCCAUCAAGCAAUCCAAGAUCUUACUCCUCGUAUUCUCAGAAAGGUAUGCUGACUCGAGGUGGACUUUGGAUGAACUCACCAAGAUAAUGGAAUGCAAGAGAACCAGGGGACAACAUGUGAUUCCCAUAUUCUAUAAAGUCCGUCCUUCUGAUGUGCGACAUCAGCGAGGCACUUAUGAAACUGCUUUUAAACGACAUAAGAAGUUGUUUAAGGCUAACAACGACACAGUGCAGCAAUGGACGACAGCCAUGACAGAAGCAGCCAAUCUCUCUGGCUGGGAGUGCUCAGGUUCUAGAGUUUGUUUAUGGAGAUCUCUAUAGUCGGAUCGUCUCUAGAUUCAUGAAAUGACGAAUUGUAGUAAGCAUGAAUUUUAAGAGAUGAUCAGAUGAUAGAGACUCGAUCGAAUUCUGAAGAGCUCAAAAACUGUCUCCAUCUGCUGGCUCUUCUUUGUAUAGAAGCGAAGCCGAGCUUGUGGAGGAAAUAGCGAUUGAAGUCAUGAGAAAACUGGAGUCAAUGAGCCGCUGUAUCGUGGGGGAGAU